AAGCGAAGGGUCUAUCCAAUGAAAGAAGAGGAAACAAGGACUGCGCGCAUGAGAGUAGAUUUAUACCAAAAAAAGGCUCUUAACCCCCCUUGCCCCCUUUCUUUCAUCUCCUCUCCAACAACAACCCCAAAUUGGAUCUCCAUAUAAACAGAAAGAGAGAAGCAGAGAUCAAUGGCGAGAGACAAGAUAAAGAUAAAGAAGAUAGACAAUGCCACAGCGAGGCAAGUGACGUUUUCUAAGCGCCGGAGAGGAUUGUUCAAGAAGGCUCAGGAGCUGGCAAUUUUGUGCGAUGUUGACGUUGGCCUCAUCGUCUUCUCCGCUUCAGGGAAGCUCUCUGACUACGCUAGCUCAAGCAUGUGUGAGAUCCUUCAUAAGCACAGUAUACAACCUGACAACUCUGUGAAACCAGAUGAACAAACUCUGGAUUUACUCAAAAACAACAGUGGCUAUGCAGCUUUGAUGAAAGAUUAUGCUGAUCAACUUCGCCAAUUGAGACAAAUGAGAGGGGAAGACCUCCAGGGAUUAACUUUGGAGGAGUUAGUGCAUCUUGAGAGAACAAUUGAUAUUGGAUUAGCUCGUGUGAUUGAAAGAAAGGGACAACAAAUAAUGGAAGAGUUAAAUAGCCUCCAACAAAAGGGAAUGCAAUUGCUGGAGGAAAAUAAGAGGCUGAAAGAAAAGAUGGAGGAGAUGUGCAUGGUUGAGAAGCAGGCUGUGAUUGAUCAUGACCCAAUGAAUGGUUUCCAUGAAGAUGUCCAAUGUUCCUCUGAAUCAGUUCCAGAACAUUGUGAUCAACCCUCUGAUACAUCACUUAAACUUGGGCUACCAAGCUCUGAUCACUGGGAGUGAAGAACAAACAGCAUGCAAUGCAUGGGUAUGUCCUUAAGUUCUUAACAGUGAUUAAUGAAAGCUUUGAGAUUUUUAAGUGGAGCAUGUAAUUUGUUGACUUUCCAGUUGUGCGAAUGCUCAGAUGGUCCUACAUUUUGGAAUAAAAAGUUUGUUUCAUGAGUUGAUGACAACCUGGGCAUCACUGUUGCCCAUGAAACAUGUCUGUCAUUGAAUCUCUCCUUUUUAAGUGGCAAUCUUGCUACCAUGAAAUUGAAUGGUUCUUGUUUUUGUUUAUUUAUUUCUGAAUAAAAUUGAAUUGAAAGA